AUGCACAUGGCUUCCGCUAUUACUCUGUUGUGCCUUCUUCUAACAGUCCCCUUUGGUUUCAUCAUCUUUACUGCUUACACAAAUAAACUUUCCAAACGCUCGGCACAAGCUCGCCGCACCAUAAUCAAGAGCCUUGGCGUCCCCACCACAUCAAACCCCCAGUUUAUCGGUUUCUUUCAUCCCUACUGCAAUGCAGGUGGGGGAGGUGAACGUGUCCUCUGGACUGCUAUCGCAGCCACCCAACGUGCACAUCCUGAUUGCAUCUCAUUAAUAUAUACUGGAGACGUCGACGUGACCAAAGAACAAAUAAUAGCUCAAGUCAAAGCACGCUUUGAUAUCUCUCUUGAUCCCAAAUCUUUACAUUUCGUCUUCCUAAAGAAGAGACGCUUAGUGGAGGAUGCCGCCUGGCCGCGUUUUACACUUCUUGGCCAGAGCCUCGGGUCCAUGAUCCUCGCUUGGGAAGCUUUAGGUCAAGUCAUACCAGAUUUAUUUAUUGACAGCAUGGGGUACGCCUUUACAUUCCAUGUAGUUGCAUGGAUUACUAGGGGCUCCAUACCUGUGGGUGCAUAUGUACAUUAUCCAACAAUCAGUACGGAUAUGCUGGCUCGUGUGAAGGCCAGAAAGGUGGGUCAUACAAACCGUGGAGAUGUCGCGGGCUCGUUGAUAUUGAGCCGCGGAAAGAUGUGGUAUUAUCGUUUCCUAAUGUAUCACUACUCCCUGGCACUCUCCCGCCCUUCCUUCGUUAUGGCCAACUCCAGCUGGACAAAGAACCACGUCGAUGCAAUACUCUCGCACUCUGACCCUGUCAUGAGCACGUUGCACUUUCUUAACCCCCUUCUUGCCCUUCGUCUCUUUGCGACUACAUUCAAGUCGAAAAAACUUCACAUUGAAUCAACAAGCAAGAAACGAGAAGCCAAAAUUGUUUACCCACCAUGCGAUACUCGCGAGAUGGCACAAUUCCCAUUGGACGAGAGGGAAAGAAUUAUACUGAGUAUAGCACAAUUCAGGCCAGAAAAAGACCACCCUGCUCAACUUCGCGCUUUUGCACAGCUGUUGGCCGAUCAUUCAACUUAUACUUCGGGUUCCUCCUCUGUGAAACUGUUCCUAUUGGGUGGCGCACGUAACGCGGACGACCACGCCCGCGUGCAGUCCCUUAGAGAUCUCGCAGAAGAACUCAAGAUAACCCCCCACGUCCAGUUCAUCGUCAAUGCAAGUUACCCCGAAAUGCUCGGCUGGCUCGCAAUGGCGAGUAUCGGGCUUAGCACGAUGGUGGACGAACAUUUUGGAAUCAACGUCGUUGAAUUCAUGGCUGCAGGUGUGAUUCCUGUGACGCACGCUUCUGGUGGUCCACUUCAUGAUAUUGUUGUACCUCUGGAUGGCGAAGCAACGGGAUUCCAUGCGCGUGAUCCGCAGAGCUUCGCGAACGCCAUGCACACGGUGUUAAGCAUGAGUGAGUCGGAGCAGCAAGCGAUGAGGACACGUGCACGUACGUGGGCAGUAAGCGCAUUUGCCGAGGAGCGCUUCGUGGAGGGUUGGGAAGCUGCUUGGAAAGGGUGGGUAUGA